AUUUUAUUUUAACCAAUAGUUAGAGAGAUUGGGCGGGUGUUUCUAAACCAGUGGGUUAGGUUGAUCUUAUCGUGGUUAAGUGAGUGAGGUUCAUAGAGACUGCUGGGGAGAGCGGAGGAAAGAGGGUCAAGAUGGGUAAUGUUUUUGCUGCAAGUUCUCCUUCCCCUCCUCCAGCUCCAGGCCCAGGGUUGGUGUCUGUUCCUCCAGGUUUUACUAUGCCACCUGUAACUGGCCUUAGCGCAACUACAGACAAGAAAGAAACGGAAGAAGAUCGCUUACCCAACCCUGGUACCUUUGAGGAAUGUCAUCGCAAGUGUAAAGAAUUAUUUCCUGCCCAGAUGGAGGGUGUAAAACUGAUUGUAAAUAAAGGUCUGAGCAACUAUUUCCAGGUGAAUCAUACAGUUUCUCUCAGUACUCUUGGGGACUCCAACUAUCACUUUGGGGCCACAUAUGUUGGAACAAAGCAGCUGAGCCCAUCAGAGGCAUUUCCUGUUUUGGUUGGGGAUCUGGAUAAUAGUGGCAGCCUAAACGCACAGAUCAUUCAUCAGCUCACAAAUCACAUACGGUCAAAGAUUGCUUUGCAGACACAACAAUCCAAAUUUGUAAAUUGGCAGAUGGACACAGAAUUCAGGGGCGAGGAUUUCACAGCUGCAGUUACACUAGGAAAUCCAGACAUAGUAGUUGGAUCUGGAAUCAUAGUUGCUCAUUAUCUUCAGAGCAUUACUCCAAGCCUGGCACUCGGUGGGGAACUGGUAUAUCACCGAAGACCUGGAGAGGAAGGAACGGUUAUGUCCUUAGCUGGUCGAUACACAGCUCCAAACUGGACUGCAACACUAACUGUCGGACAGGCUGGUGCACAUGCUACCUACUACCAUAAAGCCAACAAACAGCUGCAAGUGGGAGUAGAGUUUGAAGCCAGUGCUCGACUGCAGGAUACAAGCGCCUCUUUUGGUUAUCAGCUGGACAUUCCUGAAGCUCACCUGCUUUUUAAAGGAUCUGUGGAUAGUAACUGGGUUGUUGGUGCCACACUAGAGAAGAAACUUCCACCUCUCCCCCUCACACUUGCUAUGGGAGCAUUCCUUAAUCACAAGAAAAAUAAGUUCCAGUGUGGCUUUGGUUUGACCAUUGGUUAAAAUAACCUCUCAGAAUAGCCAUUGGCCUCAUAUUUCCUCACAGACUUGUGGUCUCUUUCUCUGCCUAUUGACUGCCCACUCCCAGUAUCCUGACUUGCUCUUUCUCCCUCAUCUCCUGCCAUGCUACAUUUUUAAACUUAAUUGUAUCUUAAGGGGGAGAGAAAGCGACAGGAUAGGAAUACAAAAUGACAUCCCUGUCAAAAGAAGACAUAUUGCAUCUCUUUGGGCCUAUAUUUAUAUCUCCACAUUACUAUAAUCUUGAUUUAGUGUGUGUGGGGGUCAUUGUUACUGCUUCCAUUUGUCAUCCAUGUUCCUUUUUCUGCCUUUUUUUUUUCUUUCUUUUUUUCUCUCUCUUCAUUGUCACAUGCUAUGUUUGCUUGUUUCUAACCUAGGAUCUAUAGGUGUUUCAAGUCUUGUUUUAUGAGCCAUGAAAACUACAAGAUAAAGACCCCUACCAUUUUCUCUGUCAUAUGUACUGGGUCUCCUAUCUUCCCCAUUCUUUUUAAGUCAUCAUUCAGGUACAUAGGAGGGUGAAGAGGUCAGAUUUAGAAGUCCUUAUUCUAUAAUCUUCUUGAACCUGUUUCCUCACUGACCUUGUGCUCCUGCUGAGGUGGCCUAAGUCCCCUCUUCAGGAGCAUAGAUGUAAAUCAUGUUUAUAAGUUAUAAAAACAUUGAUCUUUUACUAAAAAAAAAAAAAGAAAUUCCGAAGUGGAGUACCAUAAAUAAAAGUGGCUUCUACAAAGGGUUCUGACUGGACUGUUGCUAUGUAAUUGCAUUUAAUGGCACAUUUCUUGUCUGGUUCUGAGCUAAUUAAUACAAUAUUCAGCAGCACCAGACAAACUGUGCAGUAAGCAGUGGUAUCCACAAGAUGUCAGUGUGUUCUGAAAACACCAUACUUUACAUUGAAGAAAAAACAAAAGCACGGAGCUGUAAACCUCACAGAUAAGCACAGCAGUAAAGGUUUACUUGUCAAUGUCACAUGAAAGUAGUAUUAAACUUUUCAGAAAGUAUGAAACUGGUCUAAAAGGUUUACAAAACCAUUUAGUGUGUAAUUUGUCUUUGUCUCAUGUAAGGAUUAUAAUUUUCAAAAAGUAUGGAACUUGUCUAAAGUUUUACAACAUUUUAGUGUUUAAUUGGGGGGAAAAAAGCCUACUAGAUAAUUCUGUUAAAUAUAUACUAAAAGUUGAUUACACAUAUUCCAAUCCAUUAGAAUGUCAAUGCAAAGUGCUUUGCAUGGCUUUGUGUGAAGUUUUGAAAUUAGAAAAAAAACGCAUACAAACCCAUUUAUCCCAAGGUGUUAAAAAAACAAACAAUUUUCAAAAUCCUGUAUGAAGACAAUCCAGCAUUAUUCAAAUCCAUAAGAAAUUAUGUUUCCUGCAGCUUUUUUCAGGGUCUUGGGACUUUCCAAAUUCUGUACCUUGGCCCUUUUUUAAAAACCUGUUAUAUACAUCUUUGAGUGGCAUUUGUUUCUUAGCGGUUUACUUUUUUAAGUUAAAAACAUAACUCAAAUCACAUGUUUAAAUUAUGAAACUCAUACAGAAAAUAAACACAAUACCCAGGUGGUUAAUUUAUUAUUGUAACGAAGUGUAUGGACAUUUUAACUUGUUUAUGGGUUUAUUCUAAAAUGUAGGGAAAAUUAUUUUUAAAUUGUUGCAUGCUUGACAUGUUCUGGUAUUGAUAACAGUUAAGUGGAUAAAAAAAAAGCUCUAUCCUGUGAAAAUUCUUCGAAGAACAAAUUUAAAAAAAACUGAACUACC